AAGUCUCUUUUCAGAAUUUCAUUAGAGUUCCAUCUUAUUGAAAGAUCAGCAAAACCUCUGCUAAACCUUCCCAGGUUUUUCCCCCAAAAUUCAUGCCCAAAUCUGCAGUAACCUCUUUAUUCCUUUGGAAAAAUCGUGAGGAACUUCAAAUGAAAAAUCAAAAGCUAGAAAUUACUAGCAGUUUUCAAUAGGAAACUUUAGAAAUGCAUAAUCAGUUUCUUAAUCCCAGAAAUUGAAGAACAGAAGGAGAUUGCUAUUAAAGCAUCAAUGGCCUACCGGCGUUCCCUUUUCCCCAGUUUUCUUUCUUCGCUUUUCCUCUCAACUAAAGUAUCUCCAUAUGUAACCCAGUUGCCAUUUCGAGCUUCUGCAUCGUUCUCCACACGUUUUGUUGGUGAUGAACCAAUACUGGUAAUUCCCCACGAUUUAUUUGAUGAAUAUGCCAAGCAAAAUAAUUUUUUUUUUUUUUUUUGAAAUACUUUGGAAAAAAUAUGUAGGUGAGGGAUUUUAUUCAUGCUGCAUUAUAUGAUCCACAACAUGGUUACUUUUCUCAAAGACCAGGUUCAGUUGGGGUGCUUGAGCAAAGCAUAAAAUUCGGUCAACUGGAUGCCUUGGUAUGCUCAUGGGAUUGCUGAAGCUAUUCUGCGCACUGCUAACCUUUCAAUUCCACUAAAAAUAUAUGAAAUUGGAGGUGGAUCAGGGACCUGUGCUAAAGGCAUUAUGGAUUAUCUAAAACUUAAUGCACCUUCGAGAGUCUACGAUAAUAUGUCGUACAUUUCAGUAGAGAUUAGUCCUUCACUUGCUGAGAAGCAGACAGCAACGGUUGGAGAAGUUGAAAGUCACUUAUCGAGAUUUAGAGUAGAGCACCGUGAUGCUGCUGACCGUAGUGGAUGGGGGGAAGCAGAACAGCAGCCAUGUUGGGUUAUAAUGCUAGAGGUGCUUGAUAAUCUACCGCAUGAUCUUAUCUACUCCUCCAACCAAUUUUCUCCAUGGAUGGAGGUGUGGGUGGAAAAGCACAGAGAAAGGUCAGAACUCUCAGAAUUAUAUAAGCCUUUGCAAGAUCCAUUGAUUACUAGUUGCAUUGAGAUCUUGGAUUUAGAGAAUGCAAGUGGUGGUUCAAUAGCUAAAAGAAUGUGGGCUAAAUUGUUCCCCAGAUCCCGGAGAUGUUGGCUACCAACAGGGUGCUUGAAAAUUCUAGAGGUUUUGCAUGGAGCUCUGCCAAAGAUGUCCUUAAUUGCUUCUGAUUUCAGUUAUUUGCCUGAUGUAAAAGUUCCUGGUGAAAGAGCUCCAUUGGUUUCAAUGAAGAGAGACGGUAAAAGCUAUGACUAUGAAAACUAUCUGGACACAAAGGGAGACGCUGAUAUAUUUUUCCCAACUGAUUUUUGGCUUUUGGAACGCAUGGACCAUUAUUGCUCCGGAUGGCUUAAACCCCACGAGGAUAAAUCAUCAAAGAAAGGGAAGAAAAGACGGACACUUAUGCUUGAUACCUCUGCGUUCAUGGAAGAAUUCGGUCUUCCUACAAAGACAAGAACAAGAGAUGGAUACAAUCCUCUAUUGGAUGAUUUCAAGAACACCAAGAUAUAUAUAAGUGUUCCAACUCAUAAUACCAAGUAGACAUGUUGACAUUGCAAUAGAAGCUACUCUGCAUUCUUAUUUGAGUCGCUGAGAAUAAAAACUCAUCUGCAAACACAAGUUUUGAUCUGACAAUUUGAAUCUGUAUGAACUGUUUUGUUAGCUCAAUUUUGGUGACAAGUUGACCAUUUGUCAUCUGGUGGAUCUUUGAGAAGGCAUCGUAUGUAAUGUUCAUUAUUUCGACAACAUUGUAGAUUAAGAGUUUAAGAUUCUGAUUUGAAUAGUGGACCAAACAGUUGGAACUUAUAACCAAACAGUUUAAUUCUCAUCACAGCAAACAGUAGGAAUCACAGUACAAUUGAGAAGACAGUGAUACACAUAUUUGACGUCCCUCUCGAGCAUUGUAUUAUAUAGAAUAAAUAGAUGUCAUGAUUGUGC